CCCCUCUCCCGCUCUCCAUCCCCCCUCCCUCCCAACCCCCGCCUGUAAGCCGUGGCGCGCGCGUGGAGGUGAGGUUGGGCUGGUGGCUCGUGCCUCGGUGGUGCACAGACGAGCCGACAGUGGCCGAGGUCGGAGCUGUGAGCGCGGGCAGGAGCUGUCCAGAGAGCCGCGGUGCUGAACUCUCUCCGCUCUCGUCCGAGCUGGAUCUACACCUACUGGAACAAACUUCUCUGCCGGAACACCGGAUCUAGCGGACCGUGGAGUGGAUCUAGUUGGAGCGGGUUCAUCUGCCGGAUUAUCGUGCUGGAUGCUCCUCGCCGGGACUCUCAGGAGCAGAGCCAUGACGGCGGCCGGAUGCUGGACAGCGCCGCUCCUGCUGCUGGGCCUCGCCGCCAUCGCCGUCGACAGCGAGGGACAGGGGCGGCCGCCCCAUCGAGUCUUCUUCAGGUUCCGCCACGAGGACGGGAUCCCAUCCAGCUUCAGCAUGAAGGAACCUCUGGAUCAUGGCAGCUCCACGAGCCCGUGCGAGCACAUGUACUGUGGCCUGGGCCGACACUGCGUGGUCCACCAUGAGACGGGUCAGGGUCUGUGCCAGUGCCUGGACUUCUGCAAGCCGCACUACAAACCUGUGUGCGGUUCUGAUGGGAAGCUGUACCAGAACCACUGCGAACUGCACCGGGCCUCCUGCCUGCGCCGACACCAGAUCACUAUCCUGCACAGCCAGGAGUGUUUCUAUGAAGAUGACGACUGCAGGCUGAGCGACUACACCUUGCUGAAGACCAAGAUCCUGGAUCGCCACAGCAGACACAUGUGGACCGGCAGCUCGGGUACCCCAGACAACAGCAUAGAGGCCCGGCGGCAGCUGGUGGACCUGGUGUUUGAGCGCUUUGACGCUGAUGGCGACAGGGAGGUGGACAUCAGCGAGCUGUCGCAGGUCAUCAAACAGGAUGGCCUGACGAAGGAGGGCCCCGAGUGCACCCUCUUCGACCUGCUCAAGUUCAACGACGUGGACCACGACAAGCGACUGACCAGACACGAGUUCUACAAGGCUUUUGAUGUUCUCCUGCUGACGCUGGCUGACCAUCAGAAGUUCAUGGUCCGAACAGUGACCGCCGGUCAGAGUGUGGUGCUGACAUGUGACAUAUCAGGCCAGGCCAAACCGCCCAUCCUCUGGCGCCGGAACCACCAGUACCUGAACAACCUGGACCUGGAGGACAUCAAGGAUUUCGGAGAUGACAGCUCCCUCUACAUCACCAAGGUGACGACAGCACACGCGGGCAACUACACGUGUCACGCCGACGGCUACGACCAACUGUUCCAGACUCACAGUCUGCAGGUGGAUGUCCCGCCUGUGAUCCGGGUCCACCCAGAGAGCCAGGCCCGCGAGCCAGGGGUCACCGCCAGCCUGCGCUGCCACGCCGAUGGGGUGCCACGCCCCGAGCUGUCCUGGCUGAAGAAUGGCGUGGACAUCACCAGCAAACUGUCCAAACAGCUGACCCUGCAAGCUAAUGGAAGUGAAGUGCACAUCAGCAAUGUGCACUUCGAGGACACGGGCGCCUACACGUGCAUUGCCAGCAGCGAGGCAGGCGUGGACGAGGACAUCUCCUCGCUCUUCGUGGAAGACUCCGCACGCAAGACCCUGGCCAACAUCCUGUGGCGAGAGGAAGGUCUCGGCAUCGGGAACAUGUUCUACAUCUUCUAUGAGGACGGAAUCAAGGUGAUCCACCCGGUGGCCUGUGAGAUCCAGCGCCACAUCAAACCCAGCGAGAAGCUUCUGGCACUGCAGGAGGAGGUGUGUCCGUUGUCGCUGAUAGAUAAAGUCCAGAAGUGCACGUGGUCGUCAGCCGUCAACGUCCAGGACAAGUUCAUCUAUGUGACUCAGCCGACGUUGGACCGCGUCCUGGUGGUGGACAUCCAGUCGCAGAAGGCCGUGCAGACGGUCCGCACCGACCCAUAUCCUGUCAAGCUCCACUACGACAGGUCACAUGACCAGGUCUGGCUGCUCAGCUGGGGCGAUGCCCAGAAGAACUACCCCACCCUGCAGGUCAUCACCCAGGCCAGCGGCCGAGUGUCUCAUCACACCGUCCACACGCAGGCGAUUGGCCACCGCUUCGACAGAGUGGACGACUUCUUCAUUCCCGAGUCCAACCUCGUCGCCGACCACGUCAGGUUCGGCAUCGUCCUUCAUCGGAACGAGCCCAUGCUGCACAAGGUGGACCUGGAGAGCAUGUCGUCCGUGAGGAACAUCAGCCUGAGGGAGUUCAGCUGCGUCCCCAGGUCGCUUGCCUACACCCACCUGGGCGGCUAUUACUUCGUGGACUGCCGGCCCGACUCCACCGGCGCCACUCGGCCUCAGCUCAUUGUCGAUGGCGUGACAGACAGCGUGAUCGGACAGAACCGGGACGUCACCGGGACUCCACACGUGUCUCCUGACGGCCGCUACCUGGUGACGGUGGACGACAGCGACGGCCUGAUGAGGAUCCAGACCAUCUCCGAUCACGGAGAGGUCCAGGACCCGUACGACAUCCACACCAACCUGCACAUCUCGGGCCUGGCGUUCCAGCGCUCCUUCACCGAGCUGCACCAGUACAACGUGUUCGGCAGCUCCGGGCGCCAGACGGACCUUCUGUUCGUGGAGCUGAGCAGCGGCAAAGUGAAGAUGAUCAAGAGCCUGAAGGAGCCUGUCAAGUCGUCUGAGUGGCCGUGGAGCAGCGGCAACCGGGUGGUGGUCAGCAGCGGGAUGUUCGGUCAGUACCUGGCCAGCCCCUCCAGAGAGUCGCUCUUCAUCCUGGACGGACGGUUAAGCAAGCUCAACUGUGAGAUCACGGAGGUGGCGAGGGGGAACGUGGUGGUCUGGGUGGGGGACUCGUAGGUAGACGUGGCACACAUCUGUAGAACAAAAACCCAAAGUCAGGCAAGCGAGACUCACACGAUGAAAUGAUUGGUAAUUCACCUCACAGUGCCGCAACCAAUUGGCACAGUGUUGCUAACAUGUUCCUCAAAUGAAGAAAUCUAAACCAUCCGGCCUCAAAACAAACAGCCCGACCGUCAUGAGGAUGGACUUUUGUCGUGCAGUCAGAACAAGUCAUGAUUCAGUGAGUGGCUAUUAGACACGCCCCCAGCUUCCAGCCAGGAUCCCGCCCCCAAACGUCGGGGGUCCUGGCUUCCGUCAUUUCUGAAACCAUGUUGGAUUUGAUCUGAUGUGACUCUGCGGUUCUAAAUUGGCCGCUACAAAUGUCCACGCCACAGCCAGACACAAUGGGUGUCUCCACAUCCCUGGUUACCGCUCCAUCUUCAAUAGCAACCAUUCCUGUCCUUCUUGAAUCAAUCCUAAAACUGUGUUGGAAGCGUGGCUUGUUUUCGAAUUCAGUUCCAACUGCAGCCACCAGAGGGAGACAAAAAUCCAUCCUCAUAUUAUUCGGCUUAAUGAAUGAAGUCGUCUCUAACGAUUGUUACGAUUUUAUUUCUGUAAAUAUCGGAAUUAUUUUUCCCAACUUUUUUCCUGUGCCUUCAAGGAAAACUUCUUGAUUCCCUGUGUGACUGCACAACACCCCUUUCUCUCCAAUCCAUUGGUGCGGAUUUAAAAAUCCGUUUAUCCGACGACUUUGAAGUCGGCGCUCGUCGCCAUUCCGUAACCUGAAGUUGUUCCCGAUGUUGGGAAGAUGAAGUCCCUGUUAGGUGGUAGCUGCCCCGUAUGUGUUGAUAGGGUGAUCUCGGAGAUUCCAGGACCAAAAGUAGAGAUGUGCUAGAGGUGGGUGAUGACUCGCUAACGCUAACAGACUGUAUGCAACACCUUCAACUCCGCGUCUGUAUGGGAAGGUCUCCAAAGUAAAGAAGCGUAACCAGUGAGGAAGUCAUGUUUGGAGUUAGGUAGACCACCAAAGCCAACAACUGGCAGCAAAACGCUAUAGUCGAUGGUUAGCUUCAGGUGAACUGAAACGUAGCAGCGGGUGGUGAACCCGGGGGUUGAAACGGUGUCAGGCAAGUUUGUGUUCCCUUCAGAACAUCAGACAGCUGCCGGACCUGCAAGUCCAGUCAGUCCAGGACCAAAACCAGCGGAGCCGACGGGUGCGAGCCAGCAGCUUCUGCUGCGGCAAAUCUGCCGAAGGAAAACUCGUCGACCCGACAGUGGCGCUGUCGCAGCUCCUUUCUAUGCAUCUUCACUCUCGACUUGCAAAAUGUGUUUACGGGGAGGACAGGAAGUGACGUUGCCACGGAGAUACACAACGUUCACAUGUCCAAUCUCUGCUGACCCGUCUUGUUCAUAGUUACGUUGUGAACCCUCAACCUUCAUCCAACAACCUUCAAAUCCGAAGCAACUCAAAUGACAAAUGUCAAGACCUUUCAAUCUCCAGUGAUGAUGUCACUUCCUGUCCUCGGGAGGCGUGUAAAUAAAGUACAAAUGUGUCUGUGACCUCACGUGUGACCACUUGUUUAUUCCCACCUUGUUUACAAACAACCGUCGCUGUUCUCAUGUCUGUUUCCUCCAUGUGACGCUCGACACAAUAAACCUGAAGAACAA